UCAUUAAUUUUUUAAGUUUUUACUACCAACAGAUGUUGCCAUGUGACGUAAAGUUUUUGCCUUGUGAUGUACAGCUGAGAAAUUCUCUGUUCUCAGAAAUGUCAUCCUCAUGAAAAUUUCCGAAAAUUUCUUAAAUAAAUCAUCGGAAAUUUCCUGGUUUUUCGUUUCCCUACAUACUCGAAAAUCGCUAGUAGUAUCUGAAAAUUAUACAAGGAAUCAUAUCAUUUACAAUAUCGAAGAAUCAAUCUCUCGUCGUCAAAUGUUAUUUGUGCAUAUUCAUACACCGUAGCUCAAAUGUAUCAAGUCUGUUUAGUUGUGCUGGUGACUGUACUUGGAAUGCGUGUGGCGAUGCAGAAUCUCAUCUCAACAACGCUACACUUUCUUCAGACAAGAAUGAUUUUUAAGUGAGAAAUACGUGUACAUGAUUAAUUUUAUUUUUUGUCUCGCUUCUAUCGCUUUCGCUAAGUAGAUAUAGUCUUGUGGUCACAGAUUUAUAUAUAUUACUUAAGCGUGGUAAAAUAAAUUCAGAAUGUUUUUUAAAGGUGAUAUUAUAAAAGUGUUAAUUUUCAUUAAAUAUAUAAUCACAAAUGCAAAUUCAGCUAAUAUAGAAGACGUGUACAUCCCAGAGGUGGUGCAAAGCGGUGCUACCGACGUGGUUCUCGGCUGUCAGUACUCCGCACAUGACAAUCAUUCCGUGCAAUGGAUUUUCAAUAACAAUAGUAUACCAAAACAGUGGGCUGUUAGUAUUAGGAACAGUGAUGUUCCUAACAGUCUAGGAAGAUUAGCUUCCAUAAAGCAAAGCCUGUUGAGUUUUCCGCGUAUGACACCAGAAAUGAGCGGGAACUACACAUGUGAAGUACACAGUGGAAGGGCUGUGGUACAGCAGACCAAAAGCCUGUCUGUAUUCAGCCCAGAAAAUGAUUUCGCUUUGGAAAUAAAUCAUCUUAAUAAACUGACAGUUGAUAUUAAGUGCACAGCUUGGGGUCUAUAUCCUAGGCCAGAAUUAACUUUAGAAAUAGACAACAGGUCAGUUUCAAAGCAAGUGCAACGGGUGUGGUGGACAGAAUCCGCGUUCGCGGCUGAAGGAACCGCCAGUCUGCGAGGAUUGACUGCGGGGACACACCAGCUGACGUGCCGACUGUACUUGCCACUGGCUGACUACACCGCUAUAAUGAAGAAGUAUAUCAAUCUUGAUAAUGAAAUAUGUUGUAGUUCACAUUCCUACAUUUCGAGCUCAACAAUAUUAAUUUGUACAAUAUUUAUCUUCCUCGCCAGUAGAUGACGCCGCUGUCACCCAUAGAAAAUAAUCGAUAUAGGUAACAAUCGAUUGUUUACAUAAUAAGACUUGUAAGGAAAACGGGAGUUUAGUUCUGCUUUAAAAAUAAGUAUAGCCUUUUUUUUUUCAUCGUAAUUUUACAUAACCUACCUUAGCAAAUACAUUAUCAUUAUUUAAACCCGCAUGAAAAUCCUUUGCGUAGCAUACAUAGGGACAGACAGAGGGAAUAGCGUCUUUGUUUCAUAUAUUAUGUAUUGAUUUCCAACGAAAAUAAAAAAAAAACACUAUUUAUAA